CAGAUCUUCGUCGAUAGCGGAUGAAGCAACUUCCAGCGAAUCAUUUGUUGCGGGUUCACUUUUUGCUUGGGUCGCAUGCAGACCUUGCGAAACAGCUCUCGGGUCAUUGGAUUACUGUUAAAAGAAGCGGAUAGGAAAGUGGCAAUUUUUGCUUUUCAAACACCGAACGCGCUCUCGCCAGGGUGGUCUUCUCUUCCUAUGAAACGACCACUGUGGCAGGUUUCUCCAAGAGCGUAAAUGUCAAACACAGAAGCUGUGGACGAUAAAAAAGGAUGCCCUUGGACAACGUGAAUCCUCUACCUGACUUCUAAACUUGUUGCAUUUGCUCUAGAAAACCUCCGAGUGCGCGUUUCGGAUACCUAUUUGUGCGUAACGGCGGAACAGCUAUUCAAAGUGGACUAUAACUGAUGAGCUGUGUGUAAAAACCUGCACUUUUGCAUCAAAAUCCAUUUAUGAGGAGAUGUCCUUUCUGCGCGCGGCGGAUUUGUGAGCGCAAAACCUGCUUCAGUCGCACCGGGUCACGCACGUUGGGUCAGCAUGGCAGCCGGAGUCGCUGCGUGGCUACCGUUCGCGCGCGCCGCGGCCAUAGGAUGGAUGCCCGUGGCGAGCGCCCCGAUGCCGCCGCCUCCGCGGGACAAGAGGCGAGGUCAGGACGGUCUGAUCAUCUUGAAUGUCAGCGGCACUAGGUUUCAAACUUGGCGGAAUACUUUGGAGAGGUACCCCGACACCUUACUGGGAAGCACAGAGCGCGACUUCUUCUUCCACGAGGAGACCAACGAGUACUUUUUCGACCGCGACCCGGACAUUUUUAGGCACAUCCUCAACUUCUACCGAACCGGGAAGCUGCACUACCCUCGCCACGAGUGCAUCUCCGCCUAUGACGAGGAGCUGGCCUUCUUCGGCAUCAUUCCUGAGAUAAUAGGGGACUGCUGUUAUGAGGAGUACAAAGAUCGCAGGAGGGAGAACGUGGAGAGGAUUCAAGACGAUGAGGAGAACGACAACAACAAAGAUAUGGUGCUGCCGGAUAUGUCAUUCCGCGAGACCAUGUGGCGCGCGUUUGAGAACCCGCACACCAGCACCAUGGCGCUGGUGUUUUAUUACGUCACGGGCUUUUUCAUCGCCGUCUCCGUUAUGGCCAACGUGGUGGAGACGGUCCCGUGCGGCAGCGGGCCAAACCGGGCGAAGGAGGUCUCGUGCGGAGAGCGCUACGCCCUCGCGUUCUUUUGUUUGGAUACGGCCUGCGUCAUGAUCUUCACCGUCGAGUACCUGCUGCGUCUGAUCGCCGCGCCCAGCAGGUACAAGUUCGUCAAAAGCGUCAUGAGCAUCAUUGACGUGGUGGCCAUCAUGCCUUACUACAUUGGCCUGGUCAUGACGGACAACGAGGACGUGAGCGGGGCCUUCGUCACCCUCAGGGUCUUCAGGGUCUUUCGGAUUUUCAAAUUUUCGCGGCACUCCGCGGGACUGCGCAUCCUGGGGUACACGCUCAAGAGCUGCGCGUCCGAGCUGGGCUUCCUGCUCUUCUCUCUCACCAUGGCCAUCAUCAUCUUCGCCACCGUCAUGUUCUACGCAGAGAAGGGCUCCUCCGCCAGCAAGUUCACCAGCAUUCCGGCGGCGUUCUGGUACACCAUCGUCACCAUGACAACGCUGGGAUAUGGAGAUAUGGUUCCUAAGACCAUCAUAGGGAAGAUCGUUGGCUCUGUUUGUUCUCUGAGUGGCGUGUUGGUGAUCGCUCUUCCCGUCCCCGUCAUUGUGUCCAAUUUCAGUCGGAUCUACCAUCAAAGUCAGCGCGCUGAGAAGCGACGAGCCCAAAAGAAAACCAGGCUUGCUAGAAUUCAUGCGGCGAAGAGCGGUGGCGCUAACGCUUAUUUGCAGUACAAACGAAAUGGGAUGCUGGCGGAAGCGGAGGAGGAGGCAUCAAAACAGGCCGGCCAAGCUUUGGUAUGUAAGUCCAACCCCACUUUUGAGACCCAGCAUCACCAUCUUCUGCACUGCUUGGAGAAAACCACGAAUCAUGAGUUUGUAGAUGAGCAAACUUAUGAGACAAGCUGUAUGGAGGUUUCCCUAGCGAAGCCAUCCAUGUCCCGUUCCUCCUCGCUGUCCUCCUCUCCACACGGCCUGUCCUCCUGCUGCACACGCAGAAACAAGCGCAAGAGCUUCAAUGUCCCCAAUUCAUACAUGGCUGAUGGCCGCAGGGGCAGCAUACAGGAGCUCAGCACCAUCCAGAUCAGAGAGAGACCAAUGAGCAACAGCCGCUCCUGUCUCAAUGCCAAGUUUGAGGAGACAGUACCCCUGAAAUCGGAAGAGCAGUCCUACAUCACUGCCGCUGUCAUCAGCAUGCCCACCCCACCUGUGACCACGCCUGAGGGCGGAGACUCGGCCAGCUCGCCCAACUUCUUGCAAAGCAACAUUGUCCGGGUGUCGGCAUUAUAGACCGUCCGUCGUGACCAUUAGCCAUUUUAUUUAGCGAGUGGACGCUGGAGCGGAAAGGAUCGAUGGAACCCCCUAGUGUAGUGGAGGAGGCAUUGCAGCAGGAUAGCUGAACCUUUUUUUUUAAUCGGCUCCCGCCCAGAGCUCUCCGACUCUGUGAGCUCCAUCAGCUCCACCUCUAGGCCCAUACGUCAUGUGACUCACGCUGGGGUCCAAUAGGCUUUCACUCAACCCAUAGAGGAAAACAAUGACCAUUGUGGUUGUUACAGCUUCUAUCAUUUUUCAGUAUUGUGAGUCUUUGAAUCUGUUGUCUUCAAUCUGAUGGGAUCGCCAGAUUUUGGGACGAAUAAGGAGUGUACCAGCAGGGGCGGGAUUUUACAAACUUUUAGACAGCUAUACACACACUUUUGAUACUUCUUUGAGUAAAGCAGGGCUCUACUAGGGUGUGCGGUCGGAUAAUUUUGCGUGUGUGUGUGUGUGAGAUCGAGACCGAUCUCUUGCAUGUUUUGCGUAAGUCUUUGUCAUUUUUCAAUUCGGCAUGAGCAAUAAGGAUUGGCUCUUUCUGUCAGAAUGUGUGCUUUUUACUUUUGCCUAGUUAUAGAUCUUUCCAACCCAACAAGUGUGUGAAAACAGCUGUUCUGAGAGACUGACCGGUUGAUACAGGUGAUAAAUGGAGAAAAUCCUGUCUCACACUCUCUCUGUCCUACCCAUGUUGCGUUCACUCCUUGCCUGGCCUGAUGAGAUGUUUGUUAUCCUUUUUGUUUUUUUGGUGGCAAAAAGCUAAACGGAAAAGGAAACGCCUUUUGUGUUUUACUAUAUUUGACUUUCUCAAUCUGACAGUGGAGGCUUGUGGACUUGAGCUCUAAUACUAGCCAUUCCGUUUUAUACUCCAAAGUUUGCGAGUUAACUGUGAAAAGAAAAAUAUCGUGCUUAUUUAUUAUCUUCGUUAAAAUUAUUGUGCAUGUUGUCGUACACAUGGUGAAACGGGCCAGCGUGAACCAGAGCACAGAGCCCGUCCAGGACAUUUUUUUGAAGUUCUUUCUUUUUCAUCCCUCCCUUUAAAGAUGUACUUUUAUAAGCAAACAUUCUAAAGUCUGUCUAUUAUUUCUGGAUAAUGGCAUCAAGUUGAGAAUCAUCCAGUCAGAUUCUUAGUACUGUUUUGGAGAUUAUUAUAUCAUUGUGAUCAGCCGAACACGCUUAGUGUUGAACUUAAAACGUGAAUCUCA